AGUUCAGAUAUGAGAACAGUAGAACAGUCGGCUUGAACAAGCAAAUAAAUAUCUAUUUAUGAAAUGUACCGAUCUGGAAAACCACUCAUAUGUUUUUAUUGUCAUGAUUAAUUACUGUUGUUGCAAAGGAGUGUAUAUGAUUUCCAUACAAAACUAAAUCCUAUUAGGCCAAAGCCUUAAUGUCCACUGCCCAUCACAUACAUCUUCGUACAGCGGGUCAUUGACAUGCAAUGGGCCUGGAUAGGAUGACUCUACGGGUCAAGACUUUUGGACAGAAGAAACCAUUUAAAAGAAAAAAUGUGGUUGCAAUUUUGUUUGUCUGUUAAAUUCAAGAGGUCGGUGUGUGUCAGUAGAGGGGUAGCAGUGUGUCGGGUGUCGAAGCAGGUGAUUGAGUUUAACGAGACUUGUUCAGGGUUCAAAGGGCACACACGCAGCAUCUCGUCCCUCAGAAAAGAGAAGGGCCGACGAUUGGCUACCGCUCUCGCUGCCACAGCAACCCCUCAUUCAGCAACUCCCCCCAUCCCUCCUCCGCCUGGUCUCGUUGCAGCCUCGCAGAUGAAUGUAGCUCAGACAGGUGAGGUGCUUCAUCAAUAUUCAUGGGGAGGGAUUUAAUCUGACGGUGCAUGGCCCCUCCCCCUACCCUCUCAGUGCGCUACCUUCGUCCUUCAUGCUGAGCAGCAUCGCGUUCUCUCACCCAUCCGGCAGGUUAAUCUGGUCUUUCAGGUGUGUGUGUGUGUGACACUGGUGACUCUGAGCUUGGGGGAGGCGAACCUGUCACAGGGUCCCACUGAGAGGAAGAGCCCCUCACACCCUCCUCCUCCUCACACACUUUCUCCUGUCACCCCUCCCCCACGCCUAGGAGACAGAAGGUGGGGGAGUGUGAGUGGGUGCAGGGUUAGAGGGUUCAGCUCUAAACUGGCAAGUUGAACUAAUAAUCACAGCUAGGCUGCGACUCAGGCUAUUCAUUGAAGGUAGGCCGUGCUCAGCCUGCAGCCUUGUGCUGAGAUGAAAACCACAGCGCGGUACAGUGGCUUAUUUCUCACCUAUUUUCCCGUAUCAGAAGGCUACAAAAGAUCCUUACUCCAACACUGGCGUGGACACACUGGCCUUGUGAUGAUGGAUCUCCUAUAUACCUGGUGCCAAAUGUAUCGCUGUGGGAUUGGAGGGAGGAUUGUUCGGGCUAAACGGAUGGUGGUUGCAGCCAACCCUACUGAGUUUGAGUACCUGGAAGGCAGCAUACCCUCAGAGUGGGAUGCAUGGAUCCGAGGCAGAAGGAAGCAGCCCCCCUCCAUCGAGGAACUGGUUAAGAACCAAAACUACAGGGAGCACAUCAAAAUCAAGGCAAGGGAGGUGGAGGAAAAAGAGCAGGCCCUGCAGGCCAAGGAGUACGAGGAGGGCCUGGUGGCUGGGCCAGCUCAAACCAUAGCCAAAGGCCACGCAGCCGCCACCAGUUUCGGCCAGCCAGUGACCAGCGAGGAGCCCGUCAGUACAGCCAACACAUUCCAGCCUGGCUCCUGGUCACCCACAGCCAAGAAAUAGUCACACACCCUCAACUGGGUCUUCAUGUUUUCCAGGGUAAUAAAGUACCAGAAAGACUGGACUCCGCUCCACAACACGCUGUUGUGUGAAAUAGUUUGGAAAUAAACAACUGUGUCUGUGUAUAUCCGAAGGGUGUGCUUUUUAGUGUGAAUUGUUUUUCCUCACAAAAUCAAGUCUGCUCCAUGUUUUGUUUCCUUUUCAUCAUGUUUCAUAGUAUUGUGAUAUCAAUAUCUGACACAAAUAUACACAAACUCCAAGGCGAGAACCAAUCUAGGAAAUACACCCAUACUGUACCCUCUCUUCAUACCCACAUCCAGAAAGACAAGUAUUCACUGGCUUCCUUCCAUCCUUAACAUUAUUUAUCAGUGAAUUGAAGACUGGACAAAUGAAAGCAGUUAGGUCGAGGAUGAGGAUAGGCAAGGAGCACCACUCCUGUAGUACUCAGACCCUGGGGAUUACAGCUGAUUGGGUCGUAGUUGGUACAUACCGUAGCAGAAGGUUUAGCAUUGGAAAUGGGUCAUUGCUUAAACUCAAUGUUAGCAACUUUAAUGAAUACGACCCUGGUAAUGUAAACUAAUUGGGAGCUUCCUGUCCUCCAAAUGAAAAAGCUUUUAUAGUGUUGAACAAUGGUAAACAACAUGGCAUCCAUUGGGUGUGGAGGACAAGUUAUUUGAUCUCCCCUACCAUAAACACUGAUUGGGUAGGGGUUGGUCCAGGUAUAUUGUUUAAGGACUUUGUCUCUACUGUAAAUAAAACUGCCAGGUUUAAGCAAACUGGGAUGUGAUGCAAGUGCUGGGAAGUAGGUGGCACCAGGUUCAUCAUAGUCCCCAUUGGAUGAGACAGCAAGAGGCCCCUCCCCUCUGAUCAUAUCCAAUUGUUGAGAAUUGUUUGCAAUGUCAUGAUGGUUUGAUUCCUGCUGGGCCUGCCAAUACAACAAGGUAGCAUGUAAUACUUGCAUUAAGUCGAUGUGGAUAGUGUCUACUGAAUGGCGUAUUAAAUACAUACUGUAUA